GAUGGCGCAAAAACCUACACAAACAAUUUGCAGACCACCCAGUUUUAACACAAAAAAUUCUGUAACCGCUUGCACACCAUCUUUUUGCUAUUAUUGGAUGGGUUCGAUACGUUUCUCGUGUCUUCGAGAAAUCAGAAUGCAUUUGAGAUGGAUAAUCAGUUUUUAGUCCUGGACACUGAGAUUCCCCUACAUCGUGAGUCUGGUUUUAUUUUAUAGGCGAUUUUAUGGAACUGCACGCUGGAGACGAGAAGAUAAGUUUCAGUCCAAAUAACGGGACGGAUGUUGCGUGUGUUGGAUGUAUUACAAAGAAAAGGCGGGCUUUCGUUGUUGAAGAUACGCUGCUGCACUAAUUUGCCUGUGCAAAUGCUUUCAGAAUAUUUUUGGUUGUAACCUUCGACGCCAGGAACCUUUCUGACCAACUUUAGAAACCCGAGUGAGUACUGAGAAAAUCAAAAGAGAAACAUUUCAGAUGAUUUGUGGCUGAACGCGCGACUGCAGGAAUGGUGAUCCGCGGCCUGUGGGUUUGUAAAAUCCGUUUGGUGAAACACUUCGGCCUGGCCCAACUCCUCAGCUUUCUGGUCUUUGCCUGCCUUUUUGCAGCUCUCUUCAUUGACUACAUUGAGUUAUGGGUCACUUCUCUGAAAAUGAACGGAGUCGGGGGUUCCCAAGGAGGAAUUCUUCCACAGAGCGUGCCCCCUACACGUCCAGAAGAAUACCUCCUCAUGCCGAGUCCGCUUGUUUGCCAGCGCGCAAAGCCCUUCCUCAUUACAAUGGUGACCUCGGCUCCUGCUAACCAGAAAGCUCGUCAAGCGAUCCGUGAUACCUGGGGUGGUGAAGUGCAAGUUCGAGGGUAUCGGAUCAUGACUUUGUUCAUGGUGGGGCAGGUAUCGGAUCCUGUUCUGACCAAGCAGCUGACCGAUGAGGCACGGGAACACGCAGAUCUGGUGCAGGGUCGCUUUCUGGAUUCCUAUGCUAAUCUGACCUUAAAGACCUUGUCUAUGUUAGCUUGGGCCCGGCGCUUUUGCCCUGAAGCUCGCUUUUUAGCCAAGGUGGACGAUGAUGUGAUGUUCAACCCUAGUGCAUUGCUCCAAUACAUCAACGUGAACUGGGGGGCACCAGAGCAGGAGCUUGAAGAAAUUUACCUCGGUCGGGUUCACUUGAGGGUUGCACCGGAUCAUAAUCCAACCAGCAAGCACUUUUUUUCUAAAGAUGCUUUCCCAGGUGCCGUCUUUCCUGAUUACUGCAGCGGAACCGCGUACGUACUUUCCCGCCCUGCUGUCCUUAAGCUCUCUCUGGCAGCUGCUGCAACACCGUUGCCAAAGCCCCUGCCUCCUGAAGAUGUGUUUGUAGGUUUGUGUGCCCACACCGCUGGCGUCGCUCCCACCCACAGCCCGCUCUUUUCUGGAGGACCACCUGUACCGUACGCACGCUGCUGUUACCAGGCCAUGGUGUCUGUCCAUCAUACUAAACCUGAGGAAAUGCUCCACUACUGGGCAGACAUGCAUUCCAAAGCUCCCUGCUCCUGGGUGGGAGUCCGGACUUCACUUGGGAUUUGUAAAUUCAGAGCGCUUGUAGGACACGUUUUAUGGCCUGUAUUUUAAAGAUAAAGUCAUGGAGAGCCAAUAAAGAUUCUGCAGUAUUUCUUAGAGAAAUGUGUGCAAAGCCUUGUAAAACAUUACAAUGGAACAAUCAUAACAAACUACCAUGUAUAAUUGUUUUAUGGCUGUAUCUCAAUAGUGUGCCAGUUGUCAAAUAUUUGAAUGUUUGUGAUAUUUAUUAUGCUUUUUGUGCAAGCACUUGGUAGUGUUUAGUGCGUCCAAAACACUCCAUAAGCAUCAUACACUCUGUUCGUUACUAUGACGUAAUCUGAAUUCAAAGUUUAACAACGCAAAGUUAAUCCGCACCUGAAGUGAGCUUGCUGGGCAUGACCACUGUCUUUAAACUGUCCUAGAUUUAUACGUUUAAAAAACGUCAGUAACAUAUGUGUUCGUUGGGACUUAUUUAUUAUUUUUAUUUAAACUAUCAUGUUUGCAAGAGUGCACUGGACAUUGUACAAACUUGAGCAUCGAACUUUUAUGACUUUGCUCUCAAACCUGGUCUUCCAAAGGAAUAUCUGGCCUUAGUAUGCAACCGCAUACUGAAAGAUUGAACAAAGAACUUGGAAUGAUUUUGACAAGAUUGUGAAUAUUUGUAAGUGGAACUUUUACAUCGUUAAAUUGCCGUUAUUUAUAUACAUGAAUGCAGUGCGUAUUUAAAAAUGUUUUUCUCGUUGUAUUGGCUGAUACACAAAGUUUAAUGUGACCCAACAUGACUGGGAGACAGAUGCUAAUCGACAAGUCUGUAAAGCAUAGCAGAGGGUAGUUGGUUGUAGUUUUGCACCAUUAUACUUGUACUCUUUCUGUGUAAUAUCAAAUAAAUCUAAAGCUUAGUAAGUAUAAAACACA